AUGCGCCACCCUCCACCAGCCAUAACGGCAGGCUGGCCAACUCCCAACUCCAUCGACCCCGAUACCCAUGGCCGGACUCUGGUCAUCGUCAAUGCCACCACGCUACUGCUCGCGCUCGUUUCCAUUGGCCUCCGCCUGUACGCGCACGUCACGAUUGUGAAAACGCCCGGCUGGGACGACUUUCUGAUGGCCAUCGCGGCCGUCAACUGCUGCGGCGUGACCGCUUGUGUUGUCCUCGCCUCCGAGCUAUACGGCUGGAAUCUGCACGUGUGGGACCUGAGUCCGCUGCAACAGAUGCAAGGGCGAAAGGUCUCCAUAGCUGCCCAGACAGUCUUCCUUUUCGCCUCCAGCUCCAGCAAGCUGUCCAUCCUCACACACUACCUGCGCAUUGCGGUGGUUGGGUCGCACUUCCGAAAGGCUACGCUUGCGAUGUUCAUCGUGGUUGUAGCCACCAUGAUAACUUUCCUGUCGCUUCUCUGGGCUCAAUGCGCUCCCAUCACGGGAUACUGGAAUCUGUCCAGCAAUUCGGCAAGCUGUAUUCCAGAGGGCCCCCCGCUCUUGGCACAGGCUAUUGUGACUGAGUUGAUAGACUUGAUCGUGUACGUCUUGCCUAUGCCCACUCUCUGGGUUCUCAAGCUUCCUUUGACGCAGAGGAUCAGUCUCAUGGCACUGUUCGGCUUGGGCGCUGUGGUUAUAGUGGCGGCUUGCAUGCGCGCAUAUUGGGUCUGGUACAUCGAGUUUGCGACAUACGACGUAACUUGGUGCGGCUCGGAGUUAUGGAUUUGGGCUGCUGUAGAGGCCAAUCUUGGCGUCAUCUGCGGCUGCGCCCCAGCCAUGAAGCCGCUUUUGCAAAGGUAUAGG